AUGGAAUUUGAUGGUGAAUCUCACAAAAGACUGUCGGAUAGGUCGAAUAGAUCGAUUAGGGAAUAUGAAACUGGGAUUCAUCAGAUUGAUCCAUUAAAAAUGACGCCUCUUUAUCACGUAAAAAAGGCUAAACAUGCUUUAUCUACAUUGAAAACCGUUGCUAAUGAAUCUGACUGGAACAAGAUGUUUGAACAUAGUAGUGGAGUUGUUGUUUACAUGAAGCAGGAUACUUUAGCAGAUGAAGAUACUCCAUUGAUUAAAGGAGAAUUAAAUAUACAAGGAUUUACACCUGAUGAAAUUUUCUCCGUCGUUAAAGAUUUGUCAAUGGUAGAAAAUUUUGAACGUAGUAAAAGCGGAACAAUUUAUUAUGCAUCUACAUCUGUCGAGACUCUAAAAGCACCAUCUUUUGGUGUUGGAAACCGAGAGAAUUUAAAACUCAGUGGCUGGAUACUUAAGUCCAUUUCUGAUUCACCACGCUGUACAAAAAUAUUAUAUGUUAUUCAAAUGAAAGGAUGGGUACCUGUCAACAUGUUUAAAGUACAUCUUUCUAAGCGGCCUCUUGUAAUUAAUACUGUCAAGGAAUUUUUACAAAAUCGACAUAAAAACCCCGGUUUCACACCUCCUCCUCGAAGUUCCAGUCUUCAACAUUCAAAGCAAGCAAGUAACUUCAAUGAUAAUAAUGUGCCAGAUAAUAAUGUGCCAGAGAAGAAUAGGCAUGGAAGACAUAGUUUCCUUGGAUAUAUAAAAGAAGAUGAGGAUGAUUCGGAACAAACAAUUCCGGAUUUUCCUAUUCCACCAGAAAGAAAUAUAACAUCUGAACUUUCCUCUAAAAAACCAAUAAUAAUAUCUAAACCUGAAUCUCAAGACCCUUCAAAGUUAAUCAAAAAACCAGUAACAUCACAUGAUUAUUAUAAUAAUGCAAAAAAAGCUCUUGAAUUGUUAAAGUUCUUGGUUAAUAAUUGGGAUGGUUGGGAUCUUUAUGCAGAGUCUAAAGGUGUUAAGAUUUAUCAAAAGGAUAGUGGAAAACUAAUGCCAUAUUUGCGUGGAGAUGUUACAAUUUAUGGUGGAUUUUACCCUACCGAUAUUCUUUCAUACAUUAAUAAUUUAGAUUCGCGAAAAUUGUAUGGUUCUAUCAUAGAACGUUAUAGUUUUGAUUAUGCGUUAACAAGAGUAGCAAUGAAGGGUACUUUCCCUUUAAGUGGCCGUGACUUCAUUGCCAUUAGCAUAACUGAACGUGAUCCGGCUACUGGUACAAUUUGGGUUGCUAACACAUCAAUAGUAGACCCAAGAGCUCCAGAGAGCAAAAACUAUGUUAGAGCCAAUUUAGUUAUUGCUGGAUGGGUCUUACGUCCAAAUUUCGAUGGUGAAAAAAUAGUUAGCGUUGAUGUCAAAUAUAUUGUUGACAUUGACCUCAAAAUUAAUUCAGUCCCACAAUCAAUUCUUAAGAUGUUGUCAAUGCAAGUACCAUUGCGUAUUGCUAAUAUUGAUGAUUCAUUACAAAAAAUAGGGUUCCCACCAUAUAUCUUAAGCGCCUCCGGAUUGAUAAAAAAUGUCGAGUUUAAUAUAAAGACAUUCCAAUAUGAUGUUACAAUAUCAAUUGAUGGGGGUACAAUUGUAGAACUUCGAAUAUCAAAAAAAAUGUACCCUGAUGGUUUUGAUAUUUCAGCUCAACCCGAAAAUGCAAAAGCUGAAUUACUAAAUGACGGUGAAGUUGUUCGUAUUACCGUUCAAGAUGGCACGGAAACAUUACAUAUCAAGGUCCAGAAAAAUACCAAAGGAACUCAAAAUACAUUUAGAAGCAAAAAAUUUGUGACUUUAGAAGAAAUCGAUCCUAGUUUGACAUCAUGUUUGAAAAAGCCCAAAAACCAUAAGAAAGAUGAUACUAAUAAAAGUGCAGCAACGCGAACAAAUGAUGAAUCUGUUGCUUCAAACAAUAAAUUUAAGAACCAAACAAACAUAGUAAUAAAACUUUCUAAAGAUCAAAACAAAUCACGACAAAAUAAAGAAGAUGAGGUUAUUCCUAUACGAACUGAACACAAAUUGUACAAGUUUCAUAUUCCACCACCAUCGAAAAGUUAUCCGACAUCUUUAAGAUUUAGUACUCAAGAAAUUGCA